AUGGCCGCCGUAGACCCAUCGGAGUCUCUGAAACGACAGAAAUCCCCUGCGGAGGAGGUGGAAACAUCUGGGGAGAGGACAGGGGCGGCGGAGCCAGAGUGCAGCUCAGGCAAGACAGAUGAAACCAAGGUUAAUAAAACCCAGGAGAGCUGUGACGGAGAGCAGAGAGCCGAUAUUGGGAGCGACGGCGGCUGUGUUGCCAGCCAUUCUGAGGUUAGUGUCGAGUCCGGUGCUGGAGCCGACAAAACGACAUGUCAUUUACCGGAGGACCUAACAUCGGCUGAAAAAAUGGCCGAGGCUCCUGGAGGCGACCAGCGGGCUUUCGACUGGUCCGAGACUGAAGACGACGACGAAGAAGAGACGAAAACACACCAGGAGGAAAAUGAUGAGCGCGACCCCAAAACUGUCACUGAGGCUGGUAAGGAGUUUCAGCAGGAAACACAUUUUGAUGCUAACAUUGUCUGUGACGCAGAGGAGAUUCGUGAGAAGGGAAAAAUCUGUUGUGAUGAGAAGAAAGCAGAGAAAGAACCAGCGGAAGAAGUCGUAGGGAUAGAGGAUGUGCCUGACGACAAUGAAGAGGCAGACAAAGGUGGGGACGCUGAUUUGACAGCUAAGCCAAGGAAGUGCCGCUUGGUGUGCAAGGAGUGUGGGAAGUGCUUCAAUCGGCGCGAGACGUUCAACCUUCACCGCCACUUUCAUGCACAUGAGGACGAGCUCACGCCCCUCACCUGUAAAGAAUGCGGCCUUACCUUUCAGCACCGCAGCAGCCUCAUUAAACACAGAAAUGAACAUAAAGAGAAGGAGGAGCAUCUUGUAACUCCAAAGAAGGAGGUGCAAACAAAGGAGGAGGGUAGUUUUGAGUGUGCAGAAUGUGAGAGGAUCUUCUCCACGCUGGAUAAGCUGAGGGACCACAACUGCAGCAAUAUAACAGAAAAGCCUUAUCACUGCCCGCUGUGCCGACAAGAAUUCCAGUUUAAGGUAUCAGUAACUAAGCACAUGAUGACCCACUCCCAGGAUUGCUUCUUCACAUGCCAAGAGUGCAAUCACUCUUUCCCGAACAGUAUGGCCCUGCGCUUCCACCAGCGAUGUCAUGGCGCACUUAAACCUUAUGAAUGCCCAGAAUGCGGCAUGGUUUUCAAACACUACUCCGUCAUGGAAGACCACCGUCGCAAGCACACAGACAACACACGCUCUCACUUGUGCAACAUCUGCGGUAAAACCUUCAAGUACAGCAGCCUUCUCCAUCAGCAUCAGUAUCUGCACACAGGCCAGAAGCCUUUCCGCUGCCCUGAAUGCGGGAAAAAAUUUGCCUUUGCUCAAAACAUGAAGGCUCACUGCCGCCAGCACAGACUGCAUGAAACCAACCCGCUCUCUUCCAGCGAGCAACCCAGCAAGCAGGCCCCUGUGUCUGCACAAGAGACAGUCAGAGGAAAAGAGAACACACACCAGAGCGAGGAGCCGAAACGCACAUUCAACUGCCCCCUUUGUCCCCAGAACUUCUGUACACCGGCUAACCUGAGAGCCCACAUGCUUAUUCAUGAGGCAGAGUAUGAGAAGCUGGAGAGGACACCCAAACCCCCACGGCCGAUUAGCAAGUUCUGGGAUAAAGGACACAACUGUCCCCACUGCCCAUGUGUUUAUCGUAAUGAAACAAGUUUGAAAUUACAUUUGUUAAGUGUCCACAAGGAUGUAGCACAAUAUUUAGAAAAGGGGCCACCAGUGCCUCAAAAACAAGUUACUCCAUUAAGCAGCGAUAAUGUGCAGGGAAAGUGGAAAAUUGAUGGUGCAAGUGUAAGAUCGUACAAGUGUGAGUGCGGAAAAACUUUCCGCCAUCGUUCUGUGUUAGAGUUGCAUAUGCGCAUACAUUCCAAGGACAAGCCUUACCAGUGCAAAGUGUGUGGCAAGGGCUUUAGAUUCAGUAGCUACUUACAGCAGCAUCUCAUCAUCCACACGGGCAAGAAGCCAUACAAAUGUCCCGACUGUGGGAAGGAUUUUGCCUUCAUGCAGAACAUGAAAACCCAUCAAAAGCUGCAUCAAGAGAAACCAUUUCGCUGCACCAGCUGCCGUAAAGGCUACAGCGAUGAGACCCAACUGCAGCACCAUAUGUUAUCACAUAAUGGUGAGAAACCUCAUAAGUGCGACCUUUGUGACAAGAGUUUCGGAUUAGCUUAUCUGCUCCGUGAUCACAUGAACACACAUACAGGAGAGAGACCUCAUCGCUGUGAUGAAUGUCACAAAACCUUUUCCUGGUUCAGCAGCCUGCUAGUACACCAGAAGAUCCAUGCUCGCAAGCGCCAGGGUUUCAGUCAGUAUAAUUCAUUCCCAAUGGGUGCUAGGAUGAGAGGCAGGGGUAGUAGGGGGAGGAGAGGGGGGAGGCUCAUGUGGGGCUGGUCUAGACCAUUAGGAGGCUCAGGGAUGGUUAACUCUCACCCACCUCCAUAUGCAGUUUCUGCACAGAGAGAGGCUGAGCUGCACAGGAGAGCAGUCCAGCCACAAUCCUCCAUGCUCUCAUCUCGUUUGGAAUUACAAGGCAGGCAGCAGAAGGAGGCUUGGCUGUCCGAGAUGCACCCUCCACCUGUUCAGUGGAAGGUGGAUGGCGGAGAAGUCAUGCCUGUCCCUUCGUCACAACAGCCACACACGGCUUCACAACAGACACAGUUUGACAGCCCACCACAGUCAGGCCUACAGCAGCACCACCAGAGGCCCGGCUGGGCAGAUAGUCCAUCUGCUCCGACUUUAGACUCAUCUCACAAGAAAGAGAAUGCUGUCUCUAUUGUCAGCUCCAACCCAGCAGCUGUGCCAAAAAAACCUAGUCCAUCAGCAGUGAGUGAGCUGGAGCAGCACAGGCAGCCCAAGCCUGUCACCUGGAGUAGCACGCCCAUAUCCACAGCUGUAGCUUCCACAAGCUCAUUGCAACAUGAAUUUUCUCUCUCGUCCCCCUACAUUGAUGGGGCAGCGUUGUGGAGUGUCAGACCUGCUCUACUGGCAAAUUCACAGAACUCUCCAAAUAAGCUCAAUCAAGAGCUUCAACUGCCAAGAUGGCCAGGUGCCCCAGUGUCAACUCAAAAGGAGCCAUCCACACCUCCUAAAAAAGAGGACAAUAGAGUGUGGGACCUGAGUAAUCCUCAAGUAACACCAUCGACUGUUAGCCAACCAGAGAAGCCAUGGAAUGGCUGUGAGCCACAAAAGCAGUGGGCUUCAGGCUUAGCAGGUGCCUCCACCUCAGCUCAAAUAGACCAAAGCAGUGCUAUGCCAGUAUUAACUUCUGUUUCUCAUGGGGUAGGUAGCACCUUGUGGGACAUGCAAACACCUCCAGGAAUUCCAAAGACUAUAAACUCCCCUGAGAAAUUAUUAAACAAUCAAGAUUUUCAGCUACAACAAAAGCAGGUGUCAUCUGGCUGGACCAGUGUACAGACAGCGACACAGAAGGUUCCCAUCUCCAUACAAUACGAGCCCCAUCGUUUUGGCCAGGGGAUAGGGACACCAGUUUGGGGCUUCCAAAAUAAUCCUGUGGGUCCUCAGACGCUGCUUACGGGGCAACUCAAACCAGGGAAUGGACAGGAGCUGCAGAAGCAACCAAUGGUAACUGGCACACAAAUUAUCAUAAAUCAGCCUUCUCCUUUUUUCUCACCUCCACUUGCUCCGCUCCCUCCUCUUGCUUUGCCUGGGCCUCACCCUCUUCACUCUGUUGCAGUUGGUGCACUUCCGAGACCCCCGCACCCAAAUAUUUUUUUCACACCACAGGCAGUCAUGAGCGAGAGGGCGCACAUGCCACAGACUCUGUCCCUACCUCAGCUUGCCCCGCAGACAGAACCUCACAAACUUGGACCCCGUUUGCCUUUUGCUCCCGAACGGCUUCUCCAGUGCAUGAUAUGCGGGUGCUCUCUUCCUCGCGAGCUGGAUCUACAAAUGCAUUACUUGCAACAUGCACAAGGAGAAAUUUGACAUUUCUACACUAGCAGCAAGAUUUAGUUAUGUUUUUAUACAUUUUAUUCAGUUGAAUCUCAUUACUUUGACCCUCAGUGGUGCAGUUGACCAGUUGACUGGACGGGCAUUAGAAACAAAAAGAUAAGUGAAACUUGAUUUAGCGGGCACACUUGAUUGAAUUUGGUUCUUGUUGUACUCAUUUUUAAAUCUAAAUUAGCCUACACACACUGUCAGUUAGAAUAGAGGGGUGUACACACGUGUCAUAGAUUCAGUUUCACCAUCUUUUUAAAUGCAUUAAGUUAUCCAAAUAUUUAACUGGCAUAAACAACGUCCGAGGGGUGCAGAUUAGUGAGAUUCUACAGUCUACAUUUCAUUUAUUGCCAAUGACAUUUAGAUUUAGAUAAUAUUAGUACUUUUAGAGUUUUGCCCAUAUGCCAUGACCCAUUUGAACUGUGUUUCUCAUGUACAGUAUACUGUGUGCCUUUUAUGAGUACAGUCUGCAUGUCUGCUGUCUUGGUAUUCUAGGCCUAGUUUGUGCUUAAGGUAGACUCAACAAUGUGACCUCACUCCCAAAAACACAGAUAAAUUGUUUCAACGAUACUGUAAAGAAAUGUCAGAAUAUCCAAUGAAAAGCUGACUACAACUUGUCAAGAAGCACUCGUAGUCACAGGGCCAUUGGCUGGGUCCAAAUCUCUUGAGUAAAGUUCUCAUCAUGAUAUACAUUUGUCAGAAGCAAUUAUAUCUGUAAACGAAGUAUAGAACGGUUACCAUUUAAAGGUCAUUUCACAGUAAAUUUUCUGUAAAUUUAACUCCUGGGUGAUAAAUGGGAACAGGGAGCAAGUAGCGUCGUUACACAAUUAUUGCUGACACUGUUGUCAAUUUUGUAAUAAAUUAAACUUGGAUCUAUGUGAUGUUUUGUCAGUAUUUUACACAAUGGCAAGACAAUAAUGAGAUAAACGAUAUACAACUAUAUUUUGCUCCAUCAGGUCCAGUCAGAGUAGCACAUUUCUGGCAAUGAGUCAUGACCAAUACAUUUCAUUAGAUGAUUCUAGUUGACAAUACUUAGCACCUACUAUAAACUGCUGAGUGCCAUGUGCUGUCUCUCACAAAAAUUACCGCCUCUGAUUGGAAUGUACAAAUAUUUAUAAAGUCCAUUUUUCAAUACAGUUCGAUGUAUUUUUUUGUGAAUAAUGAAUGAAUUUAUUCCAUAACUGUAGAUUUAGCUGAGUACAGAACUCCUCUUAUAUGAUAAUAGGCAUUUGAGUAGGUGUGGUUGCCCAGUAAAUG